AUGAAGACCGUCGUCAUCUUGUUGGCGAUAAUAGGCCAUGCUGCCGCCAACCUUCUUAUGCCCGGAAUUUACACGGAAGUCGUGGAAAUUCAACAAGGAAAGUAUCAAUUAAUCGGAGUACCACAAGCCGCACUAAAUGGAACCAUCGUUCAGUUGGAAUUCACAUGUGAUCCGGACGUUGACCUCGAGUUUGAUACCGAGUACGUGCUUCGCUCCUCGCCGUGUGACAAAGAGUUCUUCAACACCAAAGAAAACGAGAGGCGGCAGAAUUUGGUGUUCUAUUUCAACGAGACCAACCAAAACCACAUCCCCGACGCUUUCGACUACAAUGAGAUAGUCUACUAUAAAUCGCCAAUUCAAACGAUAUCUUGCAAAGGAUCUCACGGGCGAUUCCUUUUCCCCAUCCCGACCGGACCGAUGGCUGUGAAACAAGUGACACCAGUGCAUGUGGAUCGAGUGAAGAGGGACACCGGUCUCGGAUCCUUCCAUGCCGCUCAAACUAUUCCACGGGAUGGAAUUUACUACAUGAUUAUAAAGGUUGUUGGAAAAUCCUUCCCAUCAAAGCUAAAUGCCAACACCAAUGUCACCAUCUCCGUUCAAUGGAAGGCUCCAUACGGAUUCCUCUCAGCUAUUGACUGGCCAUUGCUCAGAUUCUAUAAGAUCAUGUGCGUGUUCUACUCGGCGCUCGCCCUUCUCUGGGUGUACUACUGCAUCAAGUACUACCGUGAUAUUCUUCGAAUCCAAUACUGGAUUGGAGCUGUCAUUGUCUUGGGAAUGGUUGAGAAGGCGUUCUUCCUGUCUGAAUACGCUACAAUGAAUGACACCGGGUCGAGUAUCGAUGGAAUACUGGAAAUCGCAGAGAUUGUGUCGUGUGCCAAGAAGACAAUGUCCAGAGUACUGGUUAUUAUUGUUUGUGUUGGAUACGGAGUGGUAAAACCAAGACUGGGGCAGACAUUGAACCAAGUCGCUGGUGUUGGACUGGUUUACUUCAUCUUCUGCUCAAUUGAAGGGAUCGCUAGAGUCUCCAAAAACACAGUCGAAGCUACUCGUCAGAAGCAAUUUGCCGCUCUACCCCUCGUUCUCACAGAGAUGAUCAUCUUCUAUUGGAUUUUCACCUCCUUAGCCGCUACCAUCCGAAUGCUCCGUCUGAAGAGAAACGAUGUGAAGCUAAACGUCUACCGUCAUUUUGCCAACACACUUGUAUUCUCUGUGAUCGCAUCAGUGGUGUUCAUGCUAUGGAGUAUGAUCUAUCAUAUUUUCCCAACGUGUCGUGUUGAUUGGAAAGAACUUUGGGUGGACACUGCUUUCUGGCAUGUGCUCUUCUGUUUCAUUCUGAUCGUCAUCAUGAUUCUCUGGCGUCCCUCACAAAAUAAUCAACGAUACGCGUUCACUCCACUUUUGGAUGACAGUGAAGAUGAGAAUGAUCAAGAUGAAAUCUUCAAUGCUUUCGCCCCUGGAUAUGAUAUUUUGACUGCUAGAACAUCUGGAUCCGGCGCCGAAACUCGCAAACUCCGUGAAGCCGAGAAAGAGCAAGAGAGAAAGGACGAGGCCAUCAAGGAGGACUUGAGAUGGAUAGAAGAGAACAUUCCAACCACUUUGGCUGACACUUGA